AUGUUACUCGUGCGACAUUUAUUUCGCUCAACGAAGCCGUUAUCGAUUACUUAUUGGAAAGCAUUAUCCACAAAAAUGUCUCUCAAAGAAGGCACGGUUGUUGGUGGUGUGAAGCGGUUGAGUGAUGGAAACAAUAUUCCAAUGAUUGGCUUGGGUAUUUCAAGAAUUGUUGGACAGGAAAGCGUUGAAACGUCAGUUUUCGCUGCACUCAAAGCUGGUUAUCGACUGUUCGAUACUGCUGAAUUAUACGAAAACGAAACGGAACUAGGAAAUGCUUUGGAGACAUCCUUACUGAAACUUGGACUUAAACGCGAAGAUAUUUUCAUCACAACAAAGGUGCAAACGAAGGAUGGAGAUGCAGCGAAUUGGGCUGAACAAAGUGUUAUGGAAUCGUUGAAAAAGCUUAAAACCACGUACCUUGACAUGGUGUUAGUGCACUUUCCCAGGGAUCGAUAUACUGGAAUCGAUGACGCGUUUGAAAUCAACAAAAAGGGAAGGAAAGAAGUUUGGCAGAAACUAGAACAAUUGAAAGAAAGUGGCAAAAUAAAAUCAAUUGGAGUGUCAAAUUAUGAAGUGUAUCACCUAGCAGAACUUUUUGAGUACGCGAAGCAUUUGCCUGUUUUGAAUCAAUUUGAGUUCCAUCCUUACUUGACAAGACGUACUCUUAUAAAGUUCUGCGAAUUAAACGGAAUUUUCACCCAGGCAUUCUCUUCGUUACUUUGGGGAAAUAAGGAGAUUCUGAACGAAAAGCCAAUACAAGAACUGGUCAAAAAAUUCGAUGUCAGUCCGCAGACUAUACUGUAUGCAUUCGCUGUUUGUUCUGGAGUUGGAAUAAUACCAAAGUCAGCAAAUCCUACCAGAAUCCAUGAGAAUCUCCACAAAGUAGCUGCCAUCUCUCUUUCACCAAGCGAACUUGCAUCACUGCGUGAGCUCGAUCGAAACGCUGCAUUCUGUCCCAGAAAAUGUCCGAAAACCAUAGAGGAACGCUAUGGAAAGUAA